AUGGACCAUACAAAAAUCAUUUCAACGCCAUCAUCAAUUUAUAAUAACUCACAAUCUGAUUUCUAUGGACCAUCAAAAAUCAUUUCAACUCCAUCUUCACCAUUUAAGAUAUCUGCAACUGUUGGAAGUAAAGGAAUUACUGAAUCGCAAUCAAAUGUACUUGGAUUAUCAUCAAAUACAUCUGUAUUAAGUUUGUCUGAUAAAAAUGAUAUUCUUCACAAACUAUAUCGUAAUGUUUUAAAUAUGAAAUAUGACAUAAAAACAUUGAUUGAAAAAAAUGAAAAACUUGAAGAAUUGAUUUUAAAUAUGAGUUCUAGUAAUAAUAACUUAUCAAUUGGGAAUUCAGCAAAUGUUUUGUUUGAAGAUGAUUUUCUUAGUUAUCUAAAUAAAAUACUUCCGUUAAAAACAGAUGAAACAUUGCUGGAAUUUGAAAGUAAACUCACGGAUAAUAUUUUCAAAUCAAAA